AUGGCCUCUCGAAUCGCCAUCGUCCGGGGUGCUUCCCUCAAGCACUCCAUCUCUUUGGCGACCAGAUCCGUGCCCCUCGUCGCCCGGCGCGGCCUCGCUUCCGCCACCACCCCUCGCCAGCUUUCACAGACUCCCCAGGCUGAGGUGGAUGGCCACCGGAGAUCCCAUGCCGCUCUGGAAUCCCUCCAGCGCGAUCCGGCCUACCUUGAGAUGAAGGAGAGCCAGGCUGAGAACCCCCAGCCCUGGAUGGAUUUUGUCGCACGUCACAUUGGCCCCCGCGACUCCGACGUUGACGCCAUGCUCAAGACUGUCGGCGCCGACUCUCUCGAGACCUUCAUUUCCCAGGUCAUCCCCAAGGAUAUUCUCCUGCCGCCCAAGAAGACCAUCCAGCCUAAGAAGCUCAGCGAGUCUGGUGUUGCCAAUGUCUUCAAGAACAUGAGCGCGCAGAACGAGGUCAAGACGUGGAUGAACGGUGGUGGUUACUACCCCGUCGAGAUUCCCACCGUCAUCAAGCGCAACCUUCUCGAGAACCCCGCCUGGUACACCAGCUAUACUCCUUACCAGGCUGAAAUCUCCCAGGGUCGUCUCGAGUCCCUCCUCAACUUCCAGACCAUGGUCUCUGACCUCACCGGCCUUCCUGUUGCCAACGCCUCGCUCCUCGAUGAAGGUACUGCUGCCGCCGAGGCCAUGACCAUGUCUUGGAACUCUCUGCCUACGGCCCGCGCCAAGCGCCCCAACAAGACCUACGUUGUCUCGGAUCUUCUUCACGACGCCACCGUCCGUGUCAUGCAUGGCCGUGCUGAGGGAUUCGGAAUCAAGCUUGAGGUCAUGGAUCUUUCCGCGCCUGCUGCCCACGACAAGAUCAAGGCUCUCGGUGACGACCUUGUCGGUGUCAUGGUUCAGUACCCUGAUACCAACGGUGGUAUCCAGAACUUCCGUCAGCUCGCUGACCUCGCCCACGCGCAAGGCACCCUUCUCUCUGCCGCCACUGAUCUGUCUUCUCUGACCCUCCUGACACCCCCCGGUGAGUGGGGUGCCGACGUUGCUUUCGGCAACUCUCAGCGCUGGGGUGUUCCGCUGGGUUUCGGUGGCCCCCACGCCGCCUUCAUGGCCGCUCAAGAGUCGAGCAAGCGUCGACUCCCUGGUCGCAUCAUUGGUGUCUCCAAGGACCGCAACGGCCGCCGUGCUCUGCGUCUUGCUCUCCAGACACGUGAGCAGCACAUUCGCCGCGAAAAGGCCACUUCCAACGUCUGCACUGCCCAGGCUCUGCUCGCCAACAUGGCUGCCAUGUACGCCAUCUACCACGGCCCCGGCCAGCUUCGUGAGAUGGCCGUCACCAACCUCCGCCACGCUCGCAUGAUCCAGGCUGCUGCUCAGCAUUACGGUCUCAACGUAAUCACCUCCUCGGUCGACCCCGAGGGCCGUGUUCUCUCCGACACCGUCACCAUCUCCUUCAAGGACCCCAUUGUCUGCCGCGCACUUCGCCGUGAGCUUAACGACCGCGGCAUCAGCAGUGGCAAGUCUUGGUCCUCGAACGAGAUUGUCCUCGCCGUCCCCACUACCUUCACCCUAAAGAACUAUAUUCGCAUUGUCCAGUCCUUCCGCGACGUCUCCUUCAAGAACCACACCAACGCCUACGUUGACGUUGCCAACAAGUACUGGACCGAGGGCUACAAGGUUUCCUCGGACGAGAUCAUCAAGACCCUCCCCGAGGCUGUCCGCCGAGAGUCCAAGUUUUUGACGCACCCUGUCUUCAACUCUCACCACUCCGAGACUGAGAUGCUCCGCUACAUGCACCACCUCCAAUCCAAGGAUCUGUCCCUGGUCCACUCCAUGAUUCCCCUGGGCUCCUGCACGAUGAAGCUCAACGGCACUACCCAGAUGGAGCUGAUCGGCACCGAGUCUUCCUCCAACAUCCACCCUCACGCCCCCAUGUCCGGUGUCAAGGGCUACCAGAAGCUGUUUGCUGCCACGUCUGCCCAACUUGCCGCCCUCACCGGUAUGGAUGCCACUUCGCUGCAACCCAACUCUGGUGCCCAGGGUGAGUUUGCUGGUCUUCGCGCUAUCGCCAAAUACCACGAGGAGCACAACGGUGGCAAGCGCGAUAUCUGUCUGAUCCCUACCUCUGCUCACGGAACCAACCCUGCCUCUGCUGCUAUGGCUGGUCUGCGUGUCGUCCCUAUCAAGUGCGAUACCGCUACUGGUAACCUUGACAUUGCCGAUCUCCAGGCCAAGGCGAAGAAGCACGAGAAGGAGCUUGCAGCUAUCAUGAUCACGUACCCCUCCACUUACGGUGUCUUUGAGCCCGAGGUCCGCAAGGCUUGCGAGAUUGUUCACGAGCACGGUGGCCUCGUCUACAUGGACGGUGCCAACAUGAACGCUCAGAUUGGCCUCACCUCUCCUGGAGCCCUGGGAGCUGAUGUCUGCCAUCUCAACCUCCACAAGACCUUCUGCAUUCCUCACGGUGGUGGUGGCCCUGGUAUCGGUCCCAUCUGCGUGAAGGAUAUCCUUGAGCCAUACCUGCCUCACCAGAAUAACCAGACUCCUGUCUCCAGCGCCAGCUUCGGUAGCGCCAGCAUUGUCCCUAUUAGCUGGGCCUAUAUCUCCACCAUGGGUGAUGCCGGUCUUCGCAAGGCUACUUCGCUGGCUCUCCUCAACGCCAACUACAUCCUUGCCCGCCUCAAGGACCACUACCCCAUUCUCUACACCAACGAGAACGGCCGCUGCGCUCACGAGUUCAUCAUCGAUGCUCGUGGCUUCUCGAAGACUGCCGGUGUCGAGGCUAUCGAUAUCGCCAAGCGUCUUCAGGACUACGGCUUCCAUGCCCCCACUAUGAGCUGGCCGGUGCCCAACACUCUCAUGAUCGAGCCCACCGAGUCUGAGAGCAAGGAGGAGCUGGACCGCUUCAUCAAUGCUCUCAUCAGCAUUCGCGAAGAGAUCCGCGAAGUGGAGGAGGGAAAGCAGCCCCGUGAGGGCAACGUCCUCAAGAACUCGCCUCACACACAGCUCGACCUGCUUCUCGGCGACAACGGCAAGUGGGAGCGCCCCUACAGCCGAGAGAAGGCUGCCUACCCUCUGCCCUACCUCACCGAGAAGAAGUUCUGGCCCACAGUCACGCGUGUUGACGACAAGUACGGCGACACCAACCUCUUCUGCACCUGCCCUCCUGUCGAGGACACUACUGGCACCAACUAA